GAGAACUAAAUCUGAACAGAAAACAUCUUUUUUUUUAUGCUACAUGAGGCCAACAAUGCUUUCCUUCAUCAUAUAUUCUACAUCGUGGCAAACAAUAAUAUUUGUUUAAUGUAUGGAUGUUUUUGAAGUUAAUCUAUUGGCAGACGAGAGGUCACCAUUUCAUGAGAGAUGGCUGUUCUGGAGGAAUAUUCAUAGGGGGGUGCGUGGUAACAAAUUGAGACAGAAUGGUAGCGCACAUGUACCCCAGAAGCCUAUGAUGAUAGACGACGUAUCUAGAGAUGCUAUGAAAGACAAUUGGAAUGAGUGGCUUGGGUAUGCUGAAGUGUUUGAGGACUGUGUAGAUAGGCGCCAACUUUCGCGGUCUCUGUUCAAGCGUGCCUCGGAUAUCUCAAUCGAUGCUGAGAAAAAUUGUGAUGCCAUUUUGAUGGGUUUAGACGAAGACGAUAGAGCAUGUGUUCAGGACAAUAUUGCAACACUUAGAGUAGCUAUAGAAGAGGUGAGUGAUACCUACAAUUCAAACGGACGACAUAUAGAACACCAGGAGGGUCGUAUACUUGCUAUUAUGGACAAUGACGGAAUAAUCGCCGACUGGAAUUAUCAUUUGCUCCCUCAUACAGUAAACCCAGGUACCACUAAGCCAGAUAUUUUUUGUGAAAAAGUUUUUGAAAGCUGGUGGAAGAGCCAAGAAAUUUGGCAAGAAAUGGUCCGUGCCAAUAAGCAAACAGAGAGCUUUGCAUCUAUUUUCGCACCUAUCCCAAAAAAUAAACCUUUGAAAAACAUUCCGGGAACUCUGGAACAUUGUGGCGUAUCCUCUGAGCAUUCAUCAUCUUGCGCUAUGUUAGAAUUUGUUAUAUUACUCGAUGAUGACGGCGAGUUCUAUUGGUGUAUGGUCGCAUUCUAUGAUGAUAUCGCUCUUGGAUGCUCGAUGUCUGAGCGUCAAAAACACAUAUUAUUAUUAACGUUGAACGAAAUCAACAGAAGUGGAGUGGCAAUUAAAAAAAAAUUGGAAAACAACAUUAAGUUCCAGCCUUAUGUGAGUUUAGAGAAAUAUAGGAUUUCUAGAGUGCUCGUUACACCAUUGCUCUUCCAAUUUUUGAAGUGGGCAAAAGAGCAAAAAAAGAUCAGUAUGGGACGAUUUAUGAGAAAGCUUAAGUUUUCUCUAAAUACCGCCUCACCCUAUCUUCAAGUGCUUCAUGAGAAUGCUAUGUCUCCACUCAACUUGGGAUUAAGAGCAUUGUUGCUGCCUUCAUCUAGCUUGAUAUGAAAAAGCGUAUGUGUCGCAGCACACAGAUGUAUUUUAGAUGCCACGUUCAUGCAAGAGAAGAGUUUACAUCCGUUGGUUGGAUAAGAGAGAUUUGACAAGUGUGGCUUCUUACCCUAAGACGUUUGUGCCAUUACAUUUUUUGGUAUAGAUUGACAGCUCUUAUUGCUGAUAAACGUAUAUGAUCAGAUAUAGAGAGGCGUAGUUGUUCAAUUGUCAGCUGUUUUGAUAUUUUAAUGUAUGUUUUUUACCGCUUAUCGCUCGUCGGUAGUUCCAGCCCAACAUUUGCUUUACAAAGCGUUACGUUUGAAUACAUAUAAUGUCCCACAAUUUUAGAAAUGAACGACAAACUCCUCAGUACAGAGGUGGGCCGAGGCUGUGAUUAUUGCAAGCAUUUCAGAGCGAAUUGUAUUUCUCCUCCGCUAUUGUUGCCCAUGGACAAAAUGAACAUGCAAGAGCUACACAAAGUCGCGUGCACUCAUGUUGGUAAAAUCGAAGCUAAAGU